AGCGGUAAUGAAACGAAUGACUUUUCCAAUCGAUUUGUACACAACGGCCCGACUGCACAUCGUAUCGACACCGCAAUUCGGUGUCACACGUAACACAUUCAGACUGCUAUACGAAUAUGAUUGUUUUUUAAAUUUUUUGGGGCGCAGUAUUUCCUGACUGGUGAGUUCGUACUGCUUGGAAUUCCACGCACAUGCAUGCAGUAUCCAAGGAAAAGCAGGCAGAGGGGGGCAAGUAGGGUGCUCUGGCCUUCGCCAGUGAGUCCAGUAGGCUCCUCCAGUUGGCUCGACGCGGACAACUGGGAGGGGCGGGGCUAGAGCGCCUCGAUCCCGCAGCCGCGUCGUCUUUUCAUCGCUAAAGCGUCCACCAUCCGCGACCUCCACCAUCCGCAAAUAGCGAGUCUCAUCUUUUGUUGUUUCACCAUGAAGAUUAACAGCAGCCUGAGUGCACCGCAGCUACCCGAGUCCUUGUCCCAAGACGGCCUUCAGUUCAGCGUGGCCACCGAGGAGGACUUUGAUGACAUCAUGGCCAUAAGUCAGGACAUCUACGGGGGUCUGGACUACCUGCCCACCAGGUACAGCAGCUGGCUGCAGGAAAGCAACCGCACCGUCAUCCUGGCCCGCAAGGAGGGAAAAGUGAUUGCUCUCGAGUCGGUCUGCGUGAUCGACGAAGGCGAAACCAUGCUAGUGGAGGGUCUCCGCGUGGCCCCACAGGAAAGGGGGAAGGGCGUGGCAGGGGUCCUGCUGCGAUUUUGCUCUGAGCUGGUCAAGUCCAAACACCCUGAGGUGAAAGUCAGUCGCCUGACCCGUGAUGAUCCGCUGGGGUCCAAGGACUUCCAGAAGUAUCGCGUGAUCACCAAGCAGGGUAUCCUACUUGUGCGCUUCCGAGCCGAGGACCUGAAGCGCCGACUUUCUGACAUUAGCGGCGGAGAAACAUGUCCAAAUUCGGCAUCAUUCCCCAUACGUCUGGACCACAAUGCCGUCCGUCGGCUCUUUCUGACCAGCGACCUGAUGCGGGGGGUGCUCCCCAACUCCACCAUCAUUCAAGACUGGCAGCCCUUUAAGCCCGUGCCGGGUAACAUGGCCAUUCUGAUGAAGAAAGACAUCGACUGGAUGGUGGACGACGCCUCCAAGCCCAGUGUGGGAAGCCUGUGUACCUUCCCCUUCAGGGUCCCCAUCGGAGAAGACUGGUACUACCUGAACAUCGACAUGUUCGGCAAAGAUCUUGAUCUAGUUCGCCAGCAGUUCCUGAGCCACCUGCAGCGCCACACGGCCACCUUGAAGGGUCACGUCAUGUGCCAGAUGUUCCUAGACCCGCCCCUUUGGAAGCCCAUGGCCGACUUUUGUCGCCAAGCCCUUUGCGUGGAGCUCGUCAAAGAGUACACGGAGCAAUGCGUGGUGGAAUCUGACGUCAUGUAGCCCAAGGACCGAGUCUACUUCGGACACCAAACCUACCAACUCUACUAGAAAAGCACCAACAAUCUACGCCCCAUUGUUAGACUCGAAUACUUAGUGUAAGCAGUAUUUCAUGUAUUUUUUCUUAGCGAGUAGAUGACCAAGCAGGUGAUUGUUUUUUUUUGUCAUAUUCUAGAACAACCCUAUGAGCACUUUGUUUCCGCAGAGACCUGCUCAUACAGAUACGCGCAGAACUUUUAAGGCACUUUAAAUUCACCAUCAAGAGAAUUAUGACAACUACCGUAUUUUCUGGACUAUCAAUGCAAUUUGUAUUCCAGAGAGACAGCGAGAACCAAAAGUGGUAUUUGGCAUGUGGCAAAAUGAAUUUUGCCAUGUGUCAAAAUUUUUUGCCAAGUGGCAUUUUUUUUUGCCAUGUGGCGAUUUUUUUUUUGCCAUGU